GGUGGGUCCCAGAUUUCGCAGCACCCGGGAGCGCGCGACAACGUCCCCAAAAAAAUAUCUCCGUUUAGUUGUUGGACGGUUCGGUUGUACGAUCCUCGAAGUCGACGUCGACGGCAAGCCUCCUUCACCAAAAAGAGAACCCCAACCCGACCGCCCCCGCGCGCCCUCUCUCUUUCCUUCCUCCGGUCCGAGUCCGACUCCUCUCUCUCUAUCCAUCCAUAACCCACCACCAACACACACAUACACCAACAAUGUCUCUCUCGGUUCGCUUCGCCGCGCAAUGCGCCGCCCGCCAGCUCCGCGCAUCCACCCGGGCCUCGAGCUCCCUCCUCGUCCAGAAGCGCUUCGAGUCCACCGCCGCCCCUGCCGCCAACCCCAAGAUUGCCGCCAUCGUUGACCAGAUCAGCACCCUGACUCUCCUCGAGACCUCGGAGCUUGUUUCCAGCCUCAAGUCCCGCCUCAACAUCCCCGAUCUCCCCGUCGGUGGUUUCGCCGCUGCCGCCCCCGCCGCUGCCCCCGCCGCCGCUCCCGCUGAGGAGGAGGAGGCCGCCCCUGCCGCUGCCGAGAAGACCCUGUUCACGCUCAAGCUCGAGAAGUUCGACGCCGCCGCCAAGCCCAAGGUCAUCAAGGAGGUCAAGAACCUGCUCGGCCUCUCCCUAGUAGAGUCCAAGAAGUUCGUCGAGAGCGCGCCCAAGGUCAUGAAGGAGUCGGUACCAAAGGAGGAUGCCGAGAAGAUUGUCGCCGCCAUGAAGGAGCUCGGCGCCACCGUCACCAUGGAUUAAACUGCUUCUGCCUAGUAAAAGGGUGGUUGCUAUGGUUAUUGUCUCUGUGUGGUGGUGUAAUGGGUGAAGGCGCCCGUGUGUGUGUGUGCGUGUGUUGUUGUUUUGUAGGAUGGUCACGUCCCUCCCCCGCAGAAAAAGAACCAAACGAGGAGAUCUUUUCCAGACACCACAGAUGCCGGAAAGAUAUUUUCUUUUUCUUUUCCUAUAAUGAUGAUCAUGACGGACAGAGUUGGAAGAAAUUCCAGGGCCUUGGGAAACACAUAGAGGGGGAUUCUUGGUCUCAUCUACAUUAUAUCCUCAUGGGGGAAAGGGGGAGUGGCGGACACACAUUCCUCACAACAACAUAUACCACUUGUACGUGUACAAAAAGCAAUGAAACAUGUAACAUUAUAUCAUACUACGAGAACUGGGAUGGAUAGAAGAACGGGUUGCCAGCGAAAACAAGAGUUUCUGCCGACGAUCAAAUAUGACCCUGACCAUAUG